UAACUAUGAGUGUCGUUUCAAUGGUUCAGGGCUUCAAGCUAGCAUGGGGAGCCCAGUGACUAGUGAGCACUGAGUAGUGAAGGAAGUGAGGAAGGAAUUGAAAGCACAAGCUGAGAUUACGAUGAUGGACGACACGAAGACGAACGACCGGCUCUCUACAUUUCUGGAUUCAGGGAUUUACCGAUUCGAAAGUUCCAAUGCUGUUUUCAUUGACCCGGUUCGUAUGCUGAACUCGUCAUAUGCCCGGUUCAGGGUUUCUCCGUCGACAUACUAUUCUCGUUUUUUUGACCCCAAGCGCGCCGACCAAGGUCGUGAUGAAACUAAGCUCCCUUCAAGUUCAAAAAAACGAAAGCGAAAAGUGAAAAGAUCGCACUCCUUAAAUGAGAGAGAAAGAGCUGCUGAUCAGCGCCAUGUGCAAGUUAGGCCUAUGUUAAUGAAGGCACUGGAAUUCUUAAUGGCGGCUACUGAUCUUUUAGCGAUUAUGAGAGACUUAAGGAGUGAUUUUUGUUCUUCACAACGUAGAGAAGUACCACUGCCUGGUAGUGAGCAGUCUUUUAUAGAACUCGGCCGUAUUUGGCAAGCUCCUCUGUAUGAAAUCACUCUCAAGUUCCCUCAUCAUCACGAGCCAAGCAAAGAUGCAGAUACCCUGCCUGAUCAAUGCAGUUGGCGAAGAAUUCUUCCUGUAUUCAAUAAUUUGGUUGUUAAUGAGACAUGUGAUGAUGUAGAGGCAGAAUUUCUGAAUGGGAAAUAUGUACUCCCUAGACAGAGUUGCUUCUACAUGUCUGACCUGGGGCAGAUUCGCAACCUUAUUCCUGACGAGUCAGAUUGUGGCUUUAAUCUGAUAGUGGUUGAUCCACCAUGGGAAAAUGCAAGUGCUUCUCAGAAACUACUGUACCCAACAUUACCAAACCGCUAUUUCUUAUCCCUUCCUAUUAAGCAACUUACUCACACAGAUGGAGCACUUGUAGCUUUAUGGGUGACAAAUAGGGAGAAACUGCGUGAUUUUGUUGAGAAAGAGCUAUUUCCCACAUGGGGAGUCAAUUAUGCUGCUAGUUUUUACUGGCUGAAGGUGAAAGCAGAUGGCUCGUUGAUCACUGAUUUAGACCUCUUUCAUCAUAGGCCUUAUGAAUGCCUUCUAUUGGGCUACUGUCGCAGGGAGGGCACUAAUUCUGAACAGAUGUCAAGCUGGAGAGCUAUAGAACAUAAUGAAAUCAUUAUAAGUAUCCCUGGGGAUUACUCAAGGAAGCCCCCAAUUGGAGAGUUGCUGCUGGAGCAUGUUCCUGGCCCUAAACCUGUUAGAUGUAUUGAACUAUUUGCCAGAGAGAUGAUAGGCGGAUGGACUUCUUGGGGAAAUGAACCUCUUCGAUUUCAGGGGUUGAACUAUUUUAUAGAAAGAUAAGGACAGCAAAUCAAGAUGAACGCACUUUUAUUGUGAACUACUUGCCCAAGGGAGCCUGUAAUUUAUGGCUUUCUUCUUACCAUGACUUGCUUCUGUCUUCAUGCAAGUUAUUUCAAGGCAAUUUUCACACGUAAUUAACGACAUGAACGGAUUAACCAUGGUGCAAAACCAACUUUCAGCAGUGAUGACCUACCUGUCGAAGGCUGUAGUUAUGGGACAGUGACUUUCAAGGUGAGCUAAUUACAGGAUGUAGAGUCCGAGGUGGAUAUGAAGUCGAAACUAGGAAGGUCAUGAUAAUGAUAUCUUGUAGCAACGGAGAAAACAAUAGAUAAGCUUAUUUGUUGAAAAUAGAGUGCUCCGUUUAAGGUUAUGUAUCGGCUUACACAGUAAGGGAAAUUAUGAAUGGACAAUUUCUAAUGAAUUGGCCUCCCUCCGCCAUUUUGGGGUUGUAGUUUUCACCAAAAAA